AUGGGCGGAUGUGUAGGCCGAGUAGUGCCACCCGCCCAAUUUUUCUUUGAGCGAAACCGCACAGUCGCCAGUAUUUGCAAUUCGAAGGAUCAUCCGCAGCCCGUUUCGGACUCAGAGGACUCUUGCUUACAACCGAGACAGGGACAAGUGACAAACAAUGUCGGCGUGUCCAGAAAUGGAUUGCCGGAGGCACGUGUCACGCUAGCCCCUUUCCGCCGGAGUAUCUCGGCUACCCCAGCCUUGGCCUUCGUUGCAAGUAUGUCUGAACUCUUCGGCAAGUAA